UACAACUCUGUGAGUUUAGGAAUGAAAAAAAGUGUUCAUUACAGUAAUAAAGUGAGAAUUUUCGCGCAGAAAUUAAUUUUUGUUGUUGAUGUUGUUGUUAAUUUUAACAACAUAAACAUGCUUGUAUUUUGAUUGGCUUAUCAGCGGAAACAAGUCACAUUAUGGAUCUGUCCGUGGUGCUGAACUUGCUUUUUGUUUGAUGACCCCAACAGUCUUAAAUUGUCGAGAAAAUUAAAGAGUAUCUCAUAUAUAAAUACAUUUAUUUAUUUGUUCAACAUUUGCAGACAAACUGUACAUUAUAUAUGCUGGCUAAUUUCAGAAAUAAUAUAUAUAUUUUUUUUUUUCCUCCAUAAAAUACAUUAUUCUAUGUAAACGUUUAUCUUCACACGAUGUCGCUGCACUACUGCUAUUCACUUUAAGGGGAAAUGGGAUGCAAGCACAGCCAAGCCUUGCUUUCAUAAUGCUGUUGGACAGAAGCAGUCAGAGCAGCACUGAAGCUCAGCUGAAUCUGAUCAGCGGGCGGGAUCCACGGCACGGCGCUAUGGCGAUGCUCUGCUGGAUGCUUUUACAAAUCCAAAUACCCGCUAACCUCCAUUCGUUUUCGAAAACAUUGCUAUAUUUCUUGUGAAAGACAGCGAAAGCAUUGACGUGCGCUCUGCAAUGGAUCCAAGGAGGAGAUGGCGUCUCGGUUUCGCCGUCCUCUCCGCGCUGUGGAGUCUCGCCUCGGCUGUAACAAGAUACUCCAUCCCCGAGGAAAUUCCAGUGGGCUCCGUGAUCGCAAAUAUCGCCACGGAUUUGGGCCUUGACGCGCACAGCCUGUUGGAACGAAAGGUAAAGCUGGAUUAUAUUCAUAGCAAGAAAUACCUAGAGAUAAAUAAAGACACCGGAGAACUGUUUAUCGCUGAGAAAAUCGACCGGGAGUAUUUAUGCCCGGCCAAAACAUCAUCGUUCUGUUUCCUCAAGAUGGAUGUAAUAAUUGAGAAUCCAAUACGCAUAUUUAAUAUCGAAUUGGAAAUUAUGGACAUAAAUGACAACGCGCCUCAGUUCAGAAGGGAGAGAAUACCGCUCGAUGUUUCGGAAUCAGCAACACCUGGAGAGAGAUUUUCUUUAACAAACGCGGUGGAUGCAGAUGUUGGAGAGAACUCAAUCGAGACCUAUUAUCUGAGUGAAAGUAACGAGUUUACCAUUGAAAUCCAGUCUGGAAGUGACGGGACUAAAUACGUCGACCUGGUGCUAAAAGCUAGUUUGGACAGAGAAAAACAAGCUGUCCACACACUAACCCUCACCGCUGUGGACGGCGGCAUACCUGCGCGUUCAGGUACGGCCAGCAUUAUCAUUCAAGUGCUGGAUAUCAACGACAACGCCCCUCAGUUUGAUCGACAAGUCUACUCUGUUGACCUCAUUGAAAAUGCACCAAUCGGGACACUGAUUAUGCAGCUGAAUGCAACAGAUUUGGAUGAGGGUGCCAAUGCGGAUGUCAUAUACUCUUUCACUUUAUACACAUCUGAGAAAACACAAGAAAAGUUCUCUUUGGAUCCCACCAAUGGAGAAAUAAGAGUAAAAGACGUGAUUGAUUUUGAAGAAGUAAAGAGUUUUGAGAUGUAUGUUGAAGCCAAGGACAAGGCAGUGAAUCCGCUUUCAGGUCAGUGUAAAAUUUUAGUGUUCAUCACCGAUCUAAACGACAACCAUCCUGAGAUUACGAUAAAAUCUUCACAGAGUUUGAUUAAAGAAAAUGACCCUGUAGGAACGGUGAUCGCCGUCAUCAGCGUGAGCGACAGGGACUCUGGAGAUAAUGGCAAAGUUGUUCUCUCCAUCCACAAUGCUGAGAUGUUACCUUUUGCUCUUAAUAAGUCAUCGGAAGACUUUUUUGCAUUAACAGUCACUGAAUCACUUGACCGUGAGCGCAUCCACAGUUAUGACAUCACACUUCAUGUGACCGACAGAGGAACCCCUCCUCUGACCGAUAAUGAGACGAUCAGUGUUACAAUUCAAGACGUCAAUGAUAACGCCCCAAUGUUCCCUCAAAUCCUCUAUACCAUUCAUCUGAUGGAAAACAAUGAGCCUGGAGCAUUGCUAGCCUCACUAACCGCUCAUGACCCAGACCUGCAUGAAAAUCAGUAUCUUGUUUACUUCAUCAUAGAAAAGGAGAUAGCCAACACCUCAAUGUCCAUGCUGUUUUCAAUCAAUCCAGAAAACGGCAACCUCUAUGCUUUACGCACGUUUGACUACGAAAGAGAGAAGGAAUUUCUGUUUCAUAUUGAAGCGAGAGAUUCUGGACUCCCUCCUCUUAGCAGUAAUGUAACCGUACACAUCAUCAUCCUGGACCAAAACGACAACACACCCCUCAUAGUUUCUCCAUGGCGUCCGCAGGGCGCUGUUAUAGAAGAAAAAAUCCCGAGGUCAAGCGAUAAAGGAUCCCUGGUCACCAAGGUCAUUGCGUUGGAUGCUGACUCCAUGCAGAACUCUCGUAUAACAUAUCAGUUUCUCCAGAUCACCGACACCCCACUAUUCAGCCUCGAUCAGUACAACGGCGAGAUACGAACCACGCGGAUGUUCAGUUACAGGGACCCCAAAGAUCAACACCUGAUCAUCAUAGCCAGAGACAAUGGAGAACCUCCUCGCUCUGCCACGGUGACCAUUAAGAUCUCCACAGUGGACCAAGUAGUCACGCAGUUUACAGAAACUACAGAGGUGCCUGUCGAAUACGACCUGAUCACCGAUCUAAACCUGUACUUGUUGAUCGGUUUGGGGUCGGUGUUGUUUCUGCUGCUCAUUACUAUCCUGGUGAUCAUAGUGCUGAAAUGUCAGGAACCAAAACCCUCACAAGCGGCUCCUCAGGGAAGGAACAGCAUCAUCAGCCAGAGGAACUCCUCCACCAUCGCUGACUCUACUCUCAUCUCAAGUGAUGCCUACUGGUACAGUCUGUUUCUGGCAGAGACUAGAAAAGGGAAGGUGGUGGUGCGGCAGCCCCUUCCUAACGGAGCAGGGUUUAUUGUGUCAAGUAUCCCGGGAAGUGCUGCGCUGACUGAGACCAGUGCAUCAAGGUCUUCCACUUUACAGGAGUCAAGCAGUGAUUUACCAUGAUCUGGACAUGUUGACUGAUGGUUUACAACCUUCCACACCAGGCUCGCUGUCCAUGAGGGACAGAUUGAUCUUCUGCUUUACCGUUUUUCAGGGUUUAAUUUAUUAAUUUAUUCAAUGAACUCUGUUCAGUUAUUUUUACCAUCACUUCUUCUCUUGCUUCCUCUUCUUCAACAUUGCCUUUUGGGCUAAUUGAAGAAUUAACUUUCAAUUGACUUUUUUGAUAUCGAGACCAACAUUGUGUCAGAGAAAGACAUUCAGCGCUGCUGGAUCUCAUAUUUUUGGUGAUUUAAGGCUGGGUCUAACAACUAUAUGUCAGCCAUUUGUAACCACAUUGAGCAUGACUUUGCAUGGCUGUGACAAACAAAAUGGACUUUUUGUAUCUAAAAGAUUUCUAUAUAGACUCUUUUACAGAAGAGAGAGAAGUGAUACUUCAUGACUACAAGAAGAACCUACCUAGACAUUCAGCCUUUUGUGGUUCCAGUAAGAUAUGAACUGCAAGGACAGCUGGUUCUGCUAUUAAUGAUGCUCUAUUUUUACAGUUUGAACAUGCUGAUGAGAAAGCUGUGAUCAGAUGAGCACAAUCUAAUGAGCCAGGCAUUGUCUAUACCUCAAAACACUUGGUUUCACAUCAGUGUGAUGCACAUGUAUACAUAGAUUCAUGUUUGUUUUUCUCCUGUUCUGUAAACAGCCUAAAAUUGACAUUCUCUUGCUAUUUUGAAAAUUAAAGAACGCUAUUUUAAAUCAUAGACAAAUGCUACAAAGAGUAAUAAUUACAUUACAAUUAGUGAGGUGCUAAAAUUUUACUGAAAACCAAGGAGACAAAAAAAGUGCAAAUCCAACAAAAAAGAUAAAAAAAAUUAUUAAUCUAGCUUUUUGCAGAUGUAUGUAGCCAAUGCCAGGAUAUUAUUCUGCUACAAAUAUUAAUAACUUACAACAAUAUAACGUUUUUUUUUUUUUUUUUUUUUUUUGUACAAGUAUCAACAAUUGUACUGUUAAAUUGCUAUUGAGUGUCAUUUUUGGCCUUGUUUACUGAAGUUUUUGAGGUUUAUAUUGUUUUGUAUUAUGAAAAUGAGAUAAAAAUGCUUGUUAAUGUAUUUAAUGCUGCUUCUUUUAUGAUGACAGUGCAAUGUUUUAAGAAAUUAUAAUUUGUGGUGAGAUAUUUGGCAGUUUCAUUAUAUCAUUAUUAUGUAGAUCUAAUUAUAUCAUUACAGAAAUCCAAGCUAUAUUCUUUUCCGAUUUGUUGCAGCAACCGGAGAAAAAGUGGGAAGGAAAGGAAUGAGGAAAAAAAAAAAAAGUGGUGUAGGAGGGACAAGGAGAAAGAGAGAGCGGGAAAAAAACAGCAAUAUAGGUCACUUGAAACAUGUGAUCUGUAUUUAGAUUGACACAUGCUGUGACCAAGAGACAGAAUGACACUCAAAGUUACCUUUAUAGUAUUGACAGCCAUGUUAUUCAUUUUACCUUACUUUCCGUAAAGGUGACAGCUCAAAUUGGAGUUCCUGACAGCAGAUUUGAGAAUUUAGAGCAAAAUGACACAAGUAAAACAAUUGCUGUGUGCCUUAGGGCAGAGAAAAGUGUGCCUGAAAUUUGAAACAACAAAAAACAGUAUGAAGUUCAGUAUCUUGAUACUAUCAGCAUACUGCUAUACAUCACAAUAUCAUCGACAUGCCUUGGGUUACUCGCUUCUGUAUUUGUAUUUACAUUCUGUUGCCUUACUUGCGAAAUGUCCAUAUGCAAACAAAGUAAACAAUGCCUUUGUGUCCUUGCUGGACUUUAUGAUUUGCCCCUUGCUUGUAAAUACAGCAAUCUGAAUAAAAUCUUUUACAGUAUAUUUCUGGAGUUUCAGACUCACUAUCUUGAGUUGGGAGAGUGUGUGUGAUCGCAUAUUGACAAAACACACCGUUUCACUGGUGCUGACCUAGGCAGCACUGUCUCCAUAGAAACAGUCACCAUGACAACACCUCCAUCUCUUCAGAUUUAGAGAAGCACACCUUUUUUUUUUUUUUUUACCUCCCCAACACAUACUGCCUCUUUCUCCCUCUGCAGUCUUUCUUUCAUCUUUCAUACAAACAGUUUUCAGCCCUUGAUACAUGAUAUGCUUAUACUGUGAUUUAGAGUACAGAUCUGAGUAUUGCAUCAAACUCCAAUUGAUAUGGCAUCAAACGUUUAACUAAAGGGAUAGUUAUAAAAUAUAUAAAGUAUUUAAAAAAAAAAAAAAAACUAGUCUCAAUGAGCUGCCCAUUUAUAAGGAUUGGGUUGUUUUCACCUUGGAAGUCAAGGAUAUACACAUAACGUAAUAAA